UGAGCAAGCCGUCGCUCUCAUCGCCCCUCCUCAAGACCAAGCCAUGGUGAACCUCCGAUCUCAAAAGCGCCUCGCCGCCUCCGUCGCGGGAUGCGGCAAGCGCAAAAUUUGGCUCGACCCCGGCGAGCAGGCAGAGAUCGGGAACGCCAACUCCCGCACCCACGUCAAGAAGCUCAUUAAGGACGGCCGCAUCAUCAUCAAGCCCACCACCGUCCACUCGCGCGCACGCACCCGCGACCUCCUCGCCGCCAAGCGCAAGGGCCGUCACACCGGCCCCGGUAAGAGGAAGGGUACCGCUGAGGCCCGGAUGCCCAGCAAGGUUCAGUGGAUGAGGAGACAGCGGGUCCUCCGCCGGCUGCUGCGGAAGUACAGAGAGGCGGGCAAGAUCGACAAGCAUCUUUACCACUCUCUCUACCAGAAGUCGAAGGGUAACGUCUUCAAGAACAAGCGUGUCCUCAUGGAGUACAUCCACAAGGCGAAGGCUGAGAAGACCCGUACGAAGGUCCUCACGGACCAGAUGGAGGCUCGCCGUGUCAAGAACAAGGCGGCCCGCGAGCGUCGCUCACAGCGUGUGGCGGAGAAGAGGCAGGCGAUUCUCGCCGUGGAGCACGAGGCACCCGUUCAGGAGUAAACAUGACCACUUUGCAACCCAUAUCACCGUCUACGCCCGUCACGUCGUCGUUUGUAUCCUAUGCCAUGCAGCUCUCUAUUGAUACGCCAGGUCCAUGCUCAACUGUUAUCUUUUGUUGCCAUGAUCCGAUGAAUCGCCAUUGUGGAAUGGAGAGCGGAGCCGCAAGCUCCGGGCUGGUAUGUAUUGUAA